AUGCUUCGUUUUCUCGCUAUUUUAGUUGCCAUCUCCUUCGCGGAAGCUGAACAUUGGACUGUAACCAACAGUGCUUCUAAUACAACAUGCAUUGUUCUUGACAGCGAUUCUGUUUCAGUCACCGUCAAAUUCACCAAGAAUGGCACUACUGAGACGUACAAUGUUCCUGUCAACUCUACACUUUCUGUGGGAGGCGAAUGUGUCGAUACAUAUGGGAAUCAAACUGCCCAGUCUUUGAAGGUUAGCUUCUUCCCAAUGGGAAACAACACUCCGGCCAUAUCCGCGCAACCGUGGGAUUUAAAGUUGGUUUUCGGGCAUAGCGACAAGACUACUUUCGAACUACUUCGAUAUGCACUGCCACGGCUCCAGUGA